AUGUCACCCCCGGAUCGGCGGUACCCGACCAGACACACAUCGCCAAGACGGCUCGCAGAAGUGCAUCGCACCACGCCCAGUCCAGGGCGUGACGGAGGGCCUGGAGUCGACCUGAAGCGAUCUCUGGGUAGGUCCUCCAUUCCUGGUACUGAAAGCGGCGUAGGCCCUUCAGCGGCGACGGCGAGGACUCCGUCCAUCAAAUCGUCGCCUCGGAGAGCACCGAGCAGGACCGAAGACUCUCAGGCGCGUCCCGCACAGAGCGUCCGUUUCUCCAGGAUCAGGGACAAAAGGACGCCUCGGAGCAAGGAACGAAGAGUCGACACUAGAGUACCGUCGAGGUCCGCCGCCCCUACGUCGACGAAGAGCUUCAUUCCCGCUGAUCAAGAGUCUUCGGACGACAGUUCUUCGUCCAGCAGCUCGAGCACUUCGGAGCUAGAACUGAAGAAACACAGAAGACGCGUGCAAGGCGGUGGAACGAGGUCCACUAAACUGACGUCACGUGUAGGAAUCCCCGAGAGGCACCACUCGAACACCCCGAACACUUCGAGGAGGCCCAUUCUGCGAGAAAGUGCCGCCACUAGCGGUCGCGAACGCAAGGCCAGUCACUCUGUGCGCAACUCCUCUGAGAAACGCUACGCGAGUGACGACAGCAGCAGCAGCUCCGGAAGCGAGUCUUCGUCAUCUUCGACCAGCAUCAGUUCGAGUUCAGUUGAACACAGCCGGGACGACGCUGUGGUCCCGACGGAUCGCGUGGACCGAACGGCGAUUCUGAAGAGUGAUCAGAGGACCACAGCCGCUCAAACUGACGAGACGCUGACGUCGCGUCCGGAGUCCAUUUCCAGAGCCAGCCAGACGAACCUCCUGAAGCCUGCGAAGCGUGUGGUCAGCAGACCGACCCCAUCGAGUGCGCCUGGGCCCAAACGAUCGCAAGCUGCGUCCAGAUCUGCUCGGCCAUUGAAGACAGGCUCGCAAUGUGAGUACACAUUCACAUUUCGGGGCAUUCACUGUAGUCGUUAG